UUUGUUGUGGUUUGGUUUACGUGUGUGAGAUGUGUGUUGUAAGUUGUGUGGUUGACAAAGUGAGGGACGGACGGCGAACAGUUAAACUUGUAUGUAGUGAUGUGAGCGUACACAUAGCAUUUAUUUGCAAAACGUUUUAAUGAUCCGUCGUGUCCAGAGAUUUUGUUUUCUGUCAUUUUAAUUCAAAAUAUAGUGUACAGUGCAAAGAAACAAUGUAUCGGCCGCUAGAAUUGACUAUAGGGCUGUGUUUCGCUGCAACCAUUGCUGUCUCAUAUCUAGCUUCACAGUUCCUAAAAUCAUUAAUAGUCAUGGAUCAGCAAAGAUUAGAACCGUCAGAUCUUUAUUUAACUUUAAGUGACAACUGGGUUACACGACUGAUGUUAAACAUUCUUGGGUAUGCCACAGUGUUUGUCCCUGGAUUUUUUAUUUUUAUGUAUGUAAAGAGGAGCAAACAUUUAGAACUAGAGGGUAAUAGUUGUGUAACGAGAUUAGUGAAAGUGUGCUUUCUUGGGCCAGAACCAUUACUAGGAGUAGAUAACAAACAGAGUGGUCAGUCAGCAUCGCAUGCACCUCAGCCACCACGCACCAUACUUCAAGAAACAUUAUUAAUUGUUUUCUGCUUCAUGGGACUUCAGACUACAUAUCUGACAUGGGGAAUUCUUCAAGAGAAGGUCAUGACUCAGGAAUAUGAAGCCAGUGAUGGUACCAAAGGACAUUUUACUGACUCCCAGUUUCUGGUAUUUGUCAACCGGAUACUAGCAUUCCUUUUGUCAGGCACAUAUAUACUUACAACAAAUCAAACACGCCAUGCAGCUCCAAUGUACAAAUAUGUAUACUGCUCAUUUUCUAAUAUAAUGAGUUCUUGGUGCCAAUAUGAAGCCCUCAAAUAUGUCAGCUUCCCUACUCAGGUACUGGCCAAAGCUUCCAAAAUCAUUCCAGUUAUGAUAAUGGGAAAGAUUGUUUCCCGUGCAAAAUAUGAAUAUUAUGAGUAUGUCACAGCAUUCUUGAUAUCACUAGGCAUGACUUUCUUCCUAUUAGGAAGUUCAGACGAUAAAGGUACAACAGUUACUACAUUUUCUGGAAUUAUACUGUUAGCUUCAUAUAUGAUCUUUGAUAGCUUUACGUCAAACUGGCAAGGCUCUUUAUUUGCUCAAUAUAAUAUGAGUUCAGUACAGAUGAUGUGUGGUGUAAAUCUCUUCUCCUGCAUCUUCACUGGUGUAUCACUUUUUCAGCAGGGUGGAUUUAUCAAAUCUGUCAAUUUUAUGGCACAGUUUCCAAAAUUCAUAUUUGAUUGCCUGAUUCUAUCCGUUUGUUCAGCUGCUGGACAGCUUUUCAUUUUCUUCACAAUCUCUACAUUUGGACCUGUGAUAUUUGCAAUAAUUAUGACUAUUAGACAGGGCCUCGCCAUCUUGCUAUCAUGCAUAAUUUAUCAACAUCAUAUUACUGCUCUUGGCAUUAUUGGAGUAUUUGUAGUUUUUAUAUCAAUUUUUUUGAGAGUGUACUGCAAUCAGAGGUUACGUUCAAUUAGAAAGAAGACUCAAGUGGCUGCUGGGAUCAAGGUGUAGAAAUGGCCAUUAACUCAUUUUUCCAUUGCAUCCCAACUUCACUGAGGUUUAUUUUAUUUGUAAAAUUAGUCAUUUAAAUUACAUAGCAACCAUUACUGAUCAUGAUCUGUAUUAUUUUGUAAGCCACAUUUUAGAAAUAUUCUUUUUGUGUGGCAGAAUGAUAGUUAGGCUCAGUUUGUGUAACAAAGUAGCACAGAUUAAGCUAACUAAUGGAAAUAGUAAUGAUGGAUUGAAUCACUCUUUUUGAUAAGUGGAGCAAAGAUGGUGACAUUGCUGUGAUUAAGAGAGAGGAAAAAGAUGUUGAGUUUAUCACUACCUUUUCUUCUCUUCCAUUUGUAAUUAGUUGUUGUCGACGAGACAUUAAACCCUAACAGAAAAGACAAAUUAAUAACAGCCUUCUUUUAAACAAAAAGGCUAUUGAUAUUUGAGGCCAAUAAUUAUUUUGUAUCUGAUGUAAAAUAAUGAUAGUAAUUUAAAUGACCAGUCAGUAAGUGCUAGAAUGCAGAGUUUUAUCUGAAUUACUCUUGUGUUGUAACAAAACUCAGUAUACUGUUUUUGGAUAUGCCAAGAAUAAACUUAUACUGAAUUUUAGCUAUGCAAAAUCAUCUACAAUAUAUCUUCCCACUUUCUAUGUGUUUUUGAGUUUAUGGAUGUUUACAAUCAGAACACAUUUAUUUUUGUCCUCAUUCGUCACUGUUUUGUCCAUGUGGUUUAUAUAUGUCAAUGACACUAACUAAAAUGCUGCAGAUCUCAAAUAACCUAACAAUUUCAUCAGCAUGUUUGUGUUAAAGUUAAAAUGAUCUUCUACAAACUACUAUGCUGCACUAAAGUCGGUGUUUGAGACAGAGCAUACUGUUUACAACAGUAAAUAUGCUAACAUUCCACUGAGUCUGAGUGGAAAUGCUCUUAUUUCCAUCUGUCGAAAUAGUUGUGUGAAGCUUUCACCUAGCAGAUUCACUGCCACAGACUGUACAGUGUCAUAAUUACAUUGGCUACUGAUUCAGGAAAUGAUUCUUGAACAUACUCACAUUGAAUGGUAUAAACCCAGAAGUAGAUAAUUCACAUACCUGUAAGUUACUUGAAUGAAUGUCCAUGUAGUCUUAGUGAAUAGUUCCUGAAUAUACUUGAGUUUUAAAAUGGCAGCAUAAUAUUUUGGAAAUAGGCAAUGGAUUUCUUUUUUUUUGGGGGGGGGGGGGGGUCAUAAAUCAAAAUGCCACAUGUAAUUAAUGCAUGUCAAUGGAGUGUUCCCUCUGUGAGCCAUUCUCAUUGAAAUUAAUGUAAACCCAUAAAUCAUCCAUCCAUUAAUUAAAAACUUUUUUGAACUGCAAAUUGAGUCAUUGUGACUCAUAAUAACAAUAUAAAGUUACAUUUCGGUGAACCGUGUACAGAGAUGUACAGUCCAUUCAUAUACUGACACUUACAUAUUACACAUUAUAAUUCAGAAAUAAAUGGAUACAUUCAACACUAAUUGUAUUUCAACUUUUAUUUUGUUUUUAAUGCAGUCAGAAAUUCUGAAAAUUAAGAAAACUAACUCAUUAUUCAAUAAAUUUUCCAAGUUACUUUGUGUAUUGAUGAACUCUUUUACAUGAAUGAGACAAUGUACAUAAUUUUAAAUACCAUUAGCAUUCUAAGCUCUGGUGCUGCAUUAUGAAGUUGUUGCCUAGCAAACCCUUCAUCGUAAAUGUACGUGUGGAAUGUGAUUGGCUUCAGUUCGCUUGCUGCAUGCCAUCCACAGGAAUUGCAACAAAUGGGCACCAUUCCACAGAGCUUUCCAGUACUUUUACUACAUGAUGCCAAACCCAUAAAGCUUAGCUUGAAAUCAGUUAAGAAAAAUAAAAUGUGAAUGAUAAUGUGUAGAGGAAAAUUGGAGAUGGUACAAUAUCAUGUCACAAACAGGUGACAGAGCAGUUACAUUUCCAGAGAGACUUUGUGCAUUGAAUUACACUGUAGUUACUUCCAAGCAGGAUGUCUAAGGCUUACUAGUGUAUACUUGUGGCUUCUGGCUUGAAGGUUCAUUAGGUCAGUAUUUUGUCAAAGAAAUCUAAAAUAAAUAAAGAAAAUUCAAUUAUUAUGUUUCUGACACUCUUCAGAAACUAAACUGUGCCACUAGCCAUAUUUUAUUAAGAACUAUUAAGAUAUUGUAUAAAAAUGACACAGAAGGAUAUUUUAAUUGUAUUCAGAUAAUUUUUACAUGAUUAUUGUUUCCUUUCUAAUAAGCCUUCUGGUUGACUUUAAUGUUUGCAGUCUUUGUCAGUCCCUCCCCCCACCCCCACCCACACACCCUAUUGUCAUUAACUGAAUGAUGAUAGUUCACAAACUUUCUUUUUGUAUGACUAAUAUUGGCAACCUGUUGAUUGGAUCAGUCUUCAGAGAGUGAUGAGCUGAUUGGUCAGUGACACCUUUUAGAUUUACAAUGGUAAUGUUCCUUAACCAUACCAGCUGCUGUUUAGCUUUAUAUUCUGUUUGUGGAAUUGCUUUACACAAAUGUUAGGUGGCCUUCCAUUUGCUUGUCAUCAACACUGCUAAAAUUUUAAAGAUGAGAAUAACAGUUUUACAUGUUCAAAUUUAGAUAUUUGCUUAUUCAUUAACAUGUUUGUAAUAGAGUAAUGUGUUAGAAAACAGAUCACAAAGGCAUUUAUAAUCUCUGCAUAACUUUGGACUGUCUUCUAUAUGUGAUGAAUUUUUUAAGACUCCAUGGGAGUAAUAAAUUAUUGAAUAAUUUUAGAUGCUCCCAAAGCAAAGGAAUUAAAAAUAGCCUUAUCUCAUAAGCUUUACAAAACUGCAGUAUUAUUUGUAUGAUGAUGUUUGAUAAUACAUGACCUGUGCCAUUACCAAUUCCUUACUUUCCAUUAAUAUGCACUGUAUUUAUCUUUUGUUGUAAAUGUUGAUACUUGGAUUUAUAUGGUCAUACAUUUGUAAGAUACUUAAUGAAGAAAGUAUGCUAUGCUGUUUUGUGUAUUGUUUAAUUCACCAAUUCUCCUGGAAUAUAUGUGGGAGUGGGAGUGGGAGUUCUAGAAAUGUGAAUUUAGUGUGUUCCAUAUGUAUUUAAUGUACACAUGCCAAACUAUUAUUCUAUCAACAGUCAUAAUUUUUUAAAUAGUGUGACAGACUUGGUAACUCCUUUGCCACUGAGUGGUAUUAACAAGAGGCUCUGUGUACAGAACUAAAAGUAUUUUAUUGGAAAUGAUGGAGACCAUGUUGUAAGACUUCAACUAAAAUGUGCGUUUUUAUAUGAAAUAACUGCAUACAUUACUGGAUUUCCCCUAUUACUGUCUUGUAGACAUUCCACCAUGGUGGUUUCCAAAUCCAGAGUUUACAAAAUAUUGCAGUGUGUGCUUUCCAGUGCCCUUUUAUAUUAUGUUCACAAGGUUUCAGUGCACCCAAAACCACAAACACUGUAACAAAUUUGAAACCUUGCAGUGGGAAAGUUAGUUGGAACAUGAACAUUUGGAUAUUGGAAUGGGUAUUUAGAAAAUUAAAGAGAGUAUUAUAAAUUAUUCAAGGUUAAGAAUCACAUUAGAAAUUAUCCAGUUCCAUAAUUCCUUUGUGACACUAUUGUAGCUUAGUUCAUGUAGAAAACAAAGCAUGAAGAAAUGAUGAAUAACAAUAUAUUAAGUGCUGGAACAUAUGCAAUGUUUCUCUAACCUGGAAUACGGAGACCACUGCGAAGAAAUAUUUAUAGCCGUGUUAUAUUAAUGUGUUACAAACUUUUUAUUAUAUGUUUGAAAAACACACAGUUCUGCCCCAAUUUUUAUUGUAUAUUUUCUGAUUUUGUAAAAUGAAAUUUUGAUUUAAA